CACUCCUGCUCGCUUUCAUUCAAAUCCCCCCCGUCCCCGCCCGGCCCUUUUCUGUUCUUCUUGCUCCUCUUCUUGACUCCUUUUUCCGUUCUCUACACAGCUGCACAAUGGCAUACUCGAGCCACCGCGGCAUCAACGUUUCGCAGUACAUUGCAAACCUGAACUCCGUUGAGCCCGCUGACUUCGUCUCGACCGCGAAGACGGACGAUAUCUCACUCUUCACCAACACUCAGUUCUUCGACUUCGACAUGGGCCGCUCUACCGACGCUGGCGUGGCCGGCGACGACUCUCUUGUGUUUGAUGGAUCCUCUCUCGAGCAGGACCGUCGGCGGCGCGCUCCUGCCUCUCAGAAGCAGGCUCGGGUGGUCGAUGCUGAUGCCAAACAGCAGCAACCUCAGCAGCAGCAGCAGCAGCAGCAAUUCAACUACCUCCCGGGACACUUCCUCGAAUACCCCGAGGCUGCUGGUCUCGACGUCAAGUUCCAAUCCAAUCCUUUGGCUGCCGAGGCCCACAACCUGUACGCUCCUCUGCUGAGCGACAGUGUUCCUCUCAGCCCAUCGCCGGCACCCACCCCUGCCUCAGAGAGCGUUUCCUACGUCGGAUCUCCUGCCGUCAAGCGGCCGGGGUCGCUCGAGGAUGCUCAGCGCUUUGCUGCUGAGGAGGACAAGCGACGACGCAACACUGCUGCCUCGGCGCGAUUCCGUAUCAAGAAGAAACAGCGCGAGCAGCAGAUGGAGCGGGCUGCCAAGGACCUCCAGGACAAGGUCCAGCAGCUCGAGACUAAGGUCAUGCAGCUGGAGAUGGAGAACAAGUGGCUGAAGAACCUCGUUGUCGAGAAGAACGAGGCCAAGGCUGUUUCACAGAUUAUGAACACCCGGCCACAAGAUGCUGCUAGUGACGAGGCACAGAAGAAAAUUUCCUCGGAGUAAGAAGCUGUGAUGAAAGCAGAUGAACGUGGUGUUCUCAAUCGGUUCUCAUUACAUCUUGUUAUCUCGUUGAAAAAGUUUUUAUAUAUGUUUACUGCUCUCUUUUUUGUGCUUUCUAUGCGUGGAGUUUCUGCUUUUUUUCUUUCAUCAUCCUUUACUCUCUUUUACGAUCUACGAUGUAUUAUAAAAAGUUCUUUUUGGUCUUGCAGUUCGGACGAUGCGGUCAGUAUAUUUACUUGCUACAAUCGCCACGCGGUCUUUAGAUUGAAACGCGAACUGUUAUGUUUAUAAAUACCACUAAUAAAAAUUCGAAUAUAUCAACUAU